AUGUCGUCCAAUCUAGGGCAAAACCUGGGUCCUUCGAAAGCAAUCAAUAUCCCCAGUCCAUCCGCCUCAGCGACUUUCCAUUCCAGCCAUCCUCAGGUUGAUAGCGGAUCUCAGCGGCGUCCGGGAGGCUCAGGAAGCUUCGGCGCAGGGUCAACGUCGAGGAAUACGCCGUCUCCAAGGAACAAUCAAUCCCGAAAGACUCAACACAAACGUCAGAGGCGUCCACGUUUGGUGGAUGAGGAUGCAUACGCGGAGUCUACCAUAAUGAGGUCCACUACGAGUCGCAAAGGACAGACGUCCAUAACCCAUCUGAUGAACUUUGCUCUCCCUCCACGUCCCCAGUAUCAGCCGCAACCCCAUCGCAACCACCGUCGAUAUCCAGCCUGGGGUCUUGGAUCUGGGUACCAUGCCGUGGAUAAAGCCCGAUAUGUCCAUGCCAAUUACAGAUUUAUCGUCAAUCCCACGCGCGAUUACCAUGCCCAGGCCUCCAAUGCUGAUGUUCACUUGGAUUGGGACUCGGUUCUCCAAGUCUUGGUAUCCUCUCAGACCCAGGCCGCCAGUUGUCCGAUAUGUCUAGAAAUACCAGUGGCGCCACGGAUGGCAAAGUGUGGCCAUAUAUUCUGUCUUCCCUGUCUGAUCCGAUACAUGCAUUCGAGUGAUGACGAAAGCUCGCAAUCAGCCAAGAAACAGCGGUGGAAGAAAUGCCCGAUAUGUUACGACACCAUAUACAUAUCGGAGACGAGGCCGGUGAGAUGGUUCUCCGGUCAGGAGGGCGAUCUUCCUGUCGAAAACGGCGAUGUGGUUAUGAGGUUAAUCAAGCGUGAGCCCGGCAGUACGCUGGCUCUUCCGCGCGACGGGGGCGAGAGUCUAGCUUCUGUUGACGAUAUACCUUGGUAUCAUGUCGCAGAAGUUGCAGACUAUGCUAGGAUUAUGAAAGGAGGCGAAGACUAUAUGAUGGCGCAGUAUGAUACCGAAAUCGAGCAACUCAGAAUUCAAGGGCAGGAAGAUAAUCUCCUCUUUGGUGACGAUACGACCUGGACUCGGAAAGCUAUUGGCAACAUCUACGAAGCUAAAGAGAAGAUAAAAGGCAUUGGCAAUCCGCCAGACAUGUCUCGAGUGCCAGUGGAGAAACGACCUCAAAAGGAGCCCAUCAACUUCGAACCCCCUCCGGACGGCGUUCCGGAUAUGUACACCUAUGAGCACGCCACCAAGUCGGGCCAGGCAUCGUCAGCCGAAUCUGUCGUUGUUGCGGAUACGGCAAGCACUUCCCCUACAUCCGUCGAGACAGAUAGACUUUCAUCUGCAAUGUCGAAUCUGAAAGUUGACCCAGCAUCUGAAGCCAGGUCUCAAGGAAAUGCUUCUCACUCUGCUGUCACUCCUAGCGCGUCGCAACACGCCAAAGAUACCAAUCGUCCCCACCCUCCGGACCAGCCAUUCUAUUUCUACCAAGCCUUACCGCAUUACUACCUCUCCCCUCUCGAUAUUCGCAUCUUAAAGGCUGCAUUUGGUGAUUUUUCGCUUUUCCCGGCCACCAUCCUUCCUCGCGUAGAGCAUAUCUCGACAGGUCAUGUGGUGGACGACGAGCUGCGCAAGCGUGCCAAGUAUCUGGGCCAUCUUCCAUACGGUUGCGAGGUAAAUUUCCUAGAGUGUGACUGGAGGGACCUAGUUAGUCCCGAAAUACUUGACCGGUUCCGCGGAGAGACCGAGAAGAGGCGGAAGCGAAAUCGAGAAAAGGAAGUCCGUGAGGAGAAAGAGCGGAUUCGUGCCGAGAAGGAAGAGGAGAAGAACUGGGCCAUCGCUCGUCGAAAAGGAUCCUCUGCCGGUGUAGGCCCGAGUGAUCAGCCCAUCUCCGAUCGCGACUUUCUGCCAUUAUCGAGUGCGGUAGGCGAUCCGUCUUUGGGUGACUUGGGUCCUUUGUCAGCAUCGCCCCCUUAUACGUCCAACAUGGAGUCACGCUUCAGCGCUUUAGCGUCGCCUUCGACCAGUCCGUCUGGCCCUCGGACGGUCUGGGGAACUGCAGCCGUGUCAUCCACAUCUCCACCCGACGCUGCUCCUCGAGGUCCUGCCCACGAUGGCUGGUUGCAAGGAUGGGAAGACCACUUGUUGGAGGAGCAGCAAGAGUUGUGGGCGCAAGCCGCUGCCGGCGGAGGCAGCGCCUCUGCCUCUUCCGGUAACAGGAAGAAGAAGAACAAGAAGAUUACGUUGAUGUCGACCAAUAUCCAGCGAGGUGCUUGA